GUGGCCAUUCCCGUUCAGUCACGUCUCGUCUUUUUAAGGUCUCCUUGGUCAAGUGUGGCCGUUCUUGGCAGCACUUUUUAUUCGUUCACUCACUUCCAUUUCCUCACCCUCCUCCGCUCUCUUCGUCCGCUCUUCACUCUUCACUCUUCACUUUCACCUCACCCUCACUCUCGCCAGAACAUAUCCUACCCUAUCCAACCAUACACACGCCCGCACCAGGAACGACCACUCGCUGCAGAAAUGAAUCUCUUUUUCGGAAGAAAGGCCAAGGUCACCCCCAAGGACUCGAUUGUCGAGCUUAGGAACACAUUGCAGAUGCUCGAAAAGCGCGAGACCUUUCUUCAGACAAAGAUCGACAAUGAACUGCAGAUUGCCAAGACAAACGCCACCAAGAACCGCAGAGCGGCGCUCAUGGCAUUAAAACGCAAGAAGCAGUACGAAGGACAGAUUGAGAAGAUUUCAGGCUCGCGGCUGACAAUAGAAACCCAGGUCAUGGCGAUUGAAAACGCCAACGUCAACCUCGAGACCAUGAAGGCCAUGCGUGCUGGUGCUGAAGCUAUGAAGGGUAUUCACGGAGCCAUGGAUAUCAACACGGUCGACCAGACAAUGGAGGAAAUCAGGGAUCAAAUGGAGCUUGCAAACGAGAUAUCGGACGUGAUCUCGCAGCCUGUUGGGUUCGGCAUCGAGAUGGACGAGGACGAGCUGCUUGCGGAACUUGACGGGCUUGAGCAAGAGGAGUUGGAUAAGAAACUUAUGGAGACACAGGGACCAUCCCAGAUUGGGCUUCCUUCUGUACCGAACCAUGAACCCGAAGAGGAAGACGAGGAGGAAGCGGAGCUUAGGGAACUGCGCGAGAGUAUGGCGAUGUAACAUCUUUUGACGAUCGUAGCAGGACGCAUAGCAGCACAACACAGGAGCAACAAAUAAAUCUUCCAUUUCUUUGAUCGGCUUUUCUUCUGCCUUAAUGGAAUCACAUGAUCAAGUUGCUUGAUGGUUUCUUUGGCCUGUUGG